GAACGAAUUUUGAGAUUGACGACCGUAACUUCGAUCCGAAACGGGAACUGACAGGGCACGGCACCACAACACCUGUGCUGCAAUCGCCCCUGCCAGCUCAACGGCUUCCGCGUCCCGUUACCCAUCUUCAUCCACGUGGUGCGGGAUGGCGUUGUAGGAGUGCAAUAUUCCCCAUAACCCGAUUUCUGGGACUUUGCUCCGACGAGACCGCGACCACGAUCCCGACCACGACCACGACCACGAUCGCGACCACGACUGCGACCAUGGCCACGACUACGACCACGGCCGUGCGCGAACUGGGCGCCGUAGGCAAUGUCUGCCUCCGAUGCCAGCUCAGGCAGCUCGUUACGUCCCGUGCCCGAAUGCGCCGCGGCAUCUCGAGUCUCAGCAGCGCCGCCGUCGUCGAGGAUGGCCAUGCCGACAUGCAACCGCAAAAGGAGGACGGGACUCCCCCGGUCUCCCCGGUCCCUUCUGCCCCCCUGCAUCCCAUCGGUUCCCGCCGCUCCUCCUCGGUCGCCAUGUUUCAGAGCAUCGUCCAGAACCAAACUCAAAUGCCUGCUACGCCCGGAGUCUCGGCUGGCGGAACGGCGAGCAUCGAGCUCGUCAAGGACGUAGCCCGGAUUCAGACAAUGAUGGAGCGAGAGGGCGCCACGCUCGCCCAAGCAUACGCAUAUUUUGAGGAGGUCGUGCAUCCUCAGUUAACCAAGGAGGGCUCGGGCGUCCCGCAGAUUGUCAAGAACCAGAUUGCCGCCGUUCUCCUGAAUAGGCUUGCCCUGGAGAAGCCACGAGACUUCGAGUCAAACGAGCUGCCGAGCGUCACCCGCAUCACCGAGAUCAUGAUUGAGCUCGACGUCCUGAGGCCCUCCGCCUGGGCUACUCUUGUGCUCUGGCUGGUUCAGCACAUAUACCGACAAGACACGGUCCCCGAUGCGUACGCCUCUCUUAAGGACUACGAGACUGCCAUGGCGCGGCGAGACGCUCUCCUACGUGACCUGCUUGGGGCUUGGCGGGCGUUCUGCGCGCAGAGUGUUGCCGUGAAGGAAGGUUCGCCGGACAAUGCCUCCGAAGAGGAAGAGGGCAAGCCAAAGUCGGAGCGUGCGGGAACACAACCCCAGCAACGGACCACGCUUCAGAAGGCAUUUGGAUCCAUGUUUCCCCAGUACCUUGUCCCGUCGCUGCUGCGACCGACCUUCGCGGCGUUUGCAACGUACAAGCUGCUCACAGACACGUUCAAUCCUGCCCGCGCCACCAGCGGGGACGCCGCUCCCUUUCUGCAGAUGAUGAAGAGAUUGAUAUUCCGGACGCGGCCGCCCCGCCUGGAGGACUUCAAGCCCAUAUUCGACACCUUCCCAGAUCUGCCCCGAUUUGUGUGGCCCAAAAAAAGGGGAAAGGACGAGGUCAAGGCGUUUCUCAGGCCCAUUUCCGGACAGACCUUUAGCCAACGGAAGAAUAGUAUCCAUCGGCAGCUGGGAAACGCCGUCAAAAGCAGGGACCUUGAGAUGGUCAAGAAGGCCUGGCUGGAGCUCUGGGGCGAUGCUCCCGUCCCCGAUGCCGCCCGCAUCAGCGAACUGGUGCAGUGGCCCGACCUGUUCGACUACUUCAUCCUGGCCUACACCAUGAUGCGGCGGCCCCAGCAGGCCAUCGAGGUCUGGAACAGCAUGGAGCGCAUCGGCAUCAAGGCCACCACCAAGACCUGGACAGCCAUGCUCAACGGCUGCGCCAAGGCCAACAACGCCCGCGGCAUCAAGACCGUCUGGGACAAGCUGCUGGCCUCGGGGCUGCGGCUGGACGCGGCCAUCUGGACGGCUCGCAUCCACGGCCUCUUCGCCUGCCGCGAGCCCCAGGCCGGCCUCCGCGCCCUCGACGAGAUGGCCAAGUACUGGGACGCGCGGGACGAUCCCCGCUACGCCGCCGUCGCCGUCAAGCCCGCCGUCGAGGCCGUCAACGCCGCCGUCUCGGGCCUCCUGCGCCUCAACCGCGAAGCCGAUGCCACCAGGGUGCUCGCCUGGGCCUCCAAGCGGGGUAUCAACCCGGACAUCUACACCUUCAACAUCCUGCUCCGCCCGCUCGUCCGCCGCGGCGACAUGAAGGGCAUCGACGAGGUCUUCGCCACCAUGCGCGACGCCAACGUACACGCCGACGUCGCCACAUUCACCGUCCUCCUCGAGAGCACCCUCAGCAACAUCGCCGACCUCCCGCCCGCGCAGGUCAUCUCCCUCGUCGAGCGCAUCCUGGCCGCCAUGAAGUCCUCCGGCGUCGAGAUCAACAUGCAGACCUACGCCAAGAUCCUCUACCUCCUCCUCCGCGAGGGCGACCGCGCCGAGGAGCCCGUCAAGGCCGUGCUCGCCCACAUCUGGCGCCGCGGCCUCGAGCUGACCUCGCACAUCUACACCAUGCUGGCCGAGCACUACUUCUCGCGCGACCCGCCCGACGCGGCCGCCGUGACGGCCCUCAUCGAGAACCGCCGGCUGCACGACAACAAGGGCAUCGACCCCGUCUUCUGGGACCGCGUCAUCAAGGGGUACUGCCAGGCCGGCGAGGUGCGCCGCGCCCUCGACAUCUUCGACCGCCAUUUCGUCGGCGAGGGCACCAUUACCUUCGGCACCCUGUACGACCUGCUGCGGCCGCUGGUCGAGGCCGGCGACAUGGAGGCGGCGAUGCGCGUUGUCGAGGCCGCGCGCAAGAUCGGCAAGGCCGAGGAGGCCGCCGGUCACCACGGCGGCAGCGAGGGCAAGAGGUUCUGGCGCCACCGGUUCUGGCACCUGGCUUACGAGCACGGCUUGAUGGGCGGCCCGCUGGUCGAGAGGUUUCGAAAGGCGAACGUGUAACUUUGUGAGCGGUGAUGUACUACUAGAUUUGGCUGUACUUGUAUAAUCCACCAAGAAUCUUGAUUCUGUGUAUAUUACACUCACAUCGCAGGGUCCUAUAUAACAUGUUGGUGCACAUUACAAUGAAACACAAAACAAGGCGAAUGGACGAAAUUGAGGACGGGAAUUGGGCGAUGAGCCGCUUUUCCCACA